UCCAAACAGGUACUCCAAAGAUUAGAAUUUGACCUGGAACACUUAAAAAUCUACUCGCUUCUCUUUGGCCAAAUUCCAAGCUCCGUUGCGAGCCAGCAGUUUAAUUCAUGCCUGCAAAAUGGCACCCAACUCAUGGGAGGACUCAUUUUUGGCAUGCAGCUGGCGGAAUCCUUCUUAAGUGGCACUUCCCCUUUUCCACCCCUGUUCCUUAAAAGGGGAAGACUGGGCAACCAAACUCGAUACCAGGACCUCAGCCGUGAAAUAGCAGAACUGAAAGGACAAAUGAGGGAGCUGGUCAUCAUUCUCGGAAGCAACAUCUUUGGCUCUGGGACACUUCCAAAAACAAAUGAUUCUAUCAAUGCAUAG